AUGAAGAGAGAGAGGCUCGCCGCGCCGCCGAUUCUGCUCGAGCAGCAGGAAGAAGAGCUGCAGAACGAGAAGCAGCGAGAGAGGCUCGGCGCGUCGCCGAUGCUGCUCGAGCAGCCGCAAGAAGAGCUGCAGAACGAGAAGCAGCGAGAGAGGCUCGCCGCGCCGCCGGUGCUGUUCGAGAAGCAGCAAGAAGAGCUGCAGAAGAAGAGGAAGCGAGAGAGGCUCGUCGCGUCGCCAAUGCUGUUCGAACAGCAGCGAGAAGAGCUGCAGAAGAAGAGGAAGCGAGAGAGGCUCGUCGCGUCGCCGAUGCUGUUCGAGCAGCAGCGAGAAGAGCUGCAGAAGAAGAAGCAGUAA